UGUGGUUGCUAGGAUACCGGGGAUGUUGACGUGUUCGCGAACCUUAAAUUGUAUGUAAGCGUUAUUUUAAAGUCUGUAAAGAUGUCCCACACAGAUGGAGACCGCACUGGUCAGAAGUCAAAGGGCGUAUUCUCCACUUUAAUGGCCGACGGGAGUUGGCUGUUCCUGAAAGGAGAGUAUAAGAAGGCCAUAGAGAGCUUCACAGCAGCACUGACUUUAAAGCCUGACGAGAAGAGCUGCUAUGUCGGCCGGUCCAAAUGUUACCUGAAGAUGGGGCAACCUGAAAAUGCCCUAAGAGAUGCUGAAGCUUCACUCAAACAAGACAAGACAUUUUUUGAGGGAUUGUACCAGAAGGCAGAGGCUUUAUACUACAUGGGAGAAUUUGAGUUUGCGCUGGUGUUUUACCACAGAGGACAAAAGCUACGUCCUCAAAUCCAGGAGUUUAGACUGGGUAUCCAAAAAGCACAGGAGGCCAUAGAAAACUCUGUUGGCAGCCCGUCCUCUGUAAAACUGGAGAUUAAGGGAGACCUAUCAUUUCUCCAAAAAGAUGUGGAAAGGGCACAGCCAAUUACUGCUAUUCAGCAACUGACGGCUGAGAAUAAACAGCAGACCCAAAAGACGCCUAAGAAUAAGAAGACGACCAAACAGCUGCUCGGAGAGUUUUACAGUGACAAGAUUUAUCUGGAGAACUUGCUGAAAGAUGACGACUUGGUAAAAGGCAAAACAAAGGGAGGGGAACGCCUGCAAGACGUCAUUCAGAGUUGCCUGACAUAUCUCGACACUUGCACUGAGCUGCUGGUCCAGGAGAAACCCAUCAGUGUGCGGCAAAGGGACCAAAAGACAGAGCAACAAAGAGGUAGAAAAUCCCGUUCCAGUGCUGCGUCUGAUCCUGCUCGUUUUCUGAUGAAGAGCCUGGAUGACAUUGAUGCAGAACUUACCUCGGGAAAUGCAGAAGGUAGCCUCAAGAAGGCACAAGAAGUCAUGAAGAUGGUACAGAGAUGGUCAGAGAAAGAUGUGCCAGAUAAAAAAGAAGUGUUGGGCAGCCUGCACAGCUGCAUAGGGAACGCUUUGAUGGACCUGGGUGAAAUGGACAAAGCCUUAGACCAUCAUGAGAAAGACUUGGAGUUGGCUAAACAGUGCAACCACUCAGAAGCAAAGUCCAGGGCACUGGACAACAUUGGCAGAGUCUACGCCCACACUGGAAAAUUCACACAGGCCAUUGAGUUCUGGGAAAAGAAGAUUCCGCUGCUACGUGGUGGUUUGGAGAAGACCUGGCUAUUUCACGAGAUUGGUUGGUGUUACCUGGAGCUUCAUCGCUACGAAGAAGCUCGAGACUCUGGCCUCCGUUCACUUGCCGCGGCCGAUGACAUUUGUGAUGAGAAAUGGCAGAUGAAUGCCAACGUGUUGGUGGCACAAUCGCAAAUGAAACUUGGACACUAUGAAUUCUGCGUUGACAGCUUUGAAAGAGCCUUGUCAUAUGCCGCUCUACAAGAAGACGACUCUGCCACGGAGGCCAUUCGGAAGGCUCUUGGUGAAGCGAAACAACACCUAUCACAAUGAAGACGUGGCCGGUCGAGCCUCAAUCCUCCCUGAAAAGAAGAGUCAUCUCUACAGAAAAUCAUCAUCAAUCAUAGAGAUGUAUGUAUGAUUUAAUUGAGAGCCAUAGAAACAGUUAGUGAGGAUCAGUAUUUUUGACAUUCAGCAGAUGUAUUUGAGUUGGAGAAUGUUUUCAUUAAAAAAAAAACACUUGUGACACAGUUUCUGUUCACUGGCCUCGAAGCACGCAGUGCAGGCAUGCAACUUAUCAAAGGUUAAAACACAAGUGUUGCAACACAAAUAUGAACCAGACACUGGUGCAACGGCUUGGUUCAUGUAACCUGUGAAGGUCAAAUUAGGAGCAAUGGCCUUGAGUUAUAAAAAGGUCCCAUGUGCAAAAACGUAUAAUGUUUCCUGAGAAAUAAUAUGGGGAAGUAGUUUAAAUCACCUUCAUUCUGUUCUUGAAGUUUCCCAGGGAAGUGAAAUCAGUACAAUCGCUUUCAAAAAAAAGUGCAGGGAGGUUAUAUCAAAUACUCUAUACAGUCUUCA